GCGGGGGGCGUCUGCCGGGGCGCCGCGUGCGCUGGGGUUUCCCCUGCCGGCCGGAAGUUGUGCUGCCUUCCCGAGUCCUGCUGUCAACAUGGCCGCGGCGAGCGGGCGGCGCCGGCUCAUCUGGGCAGCAGCUGCUGCACUUGUCUUGACUUUAGAUGCAGCUUUUGUGGAAGACUUAGAUGACUCGUUUAAAGACAAUCGUAAAGAUGACAUUUGGCUUGUAGAUUUCUAUGCACCUUGGUGUGGCCAUUGCAAGAAAUUGGAGCCUGUGUGGAAUGAAGUUGGUAUAGAGAUAAGAAGCAGUGGGUCUCCAGUAAAAGUUGGGAAGAUGGAUGCGACUUCCUAUUCUAGUAUUGCCUCUGAAUAUGGAGUUAGAGGUUAUCCAACAAUUAAACUCUUAAAAGGUGACUUGGCAUACAACUAUAGAGGACCUAGAACCAAAGAUGAUAUAAUUGAAUUUGCUAACAGAGUAGCAGGGCCUCUUAUCCGGCCACUUCCUAGCCAGCAAAUGUUUGAACAUGUGCACAAGAGGCAUCGUGUACUUUUUUUGUAUGUUGGUGGGGAAUCUCCUUUAAAGGAGAAAUACAUAGAAGUUGCUUCAGAACUAAUUGUCUAUACAUACUUUUUUUCUGCCUCAGAAGAGGUGCUACCUGAGUCUGUGACACUGCCUGAAUUGCCUGCUGUUGUGGUCUUCAAAGAUGGAACUUACUUUGUAUAUGAUGGUACAAAAUAUUCACAGAUAUACAUCUCAGAAGAAGCUUUUGCCAUCUGAAGCAUUUGAGGGAAAACAAAGGCUUUCAUUUGCGUGUUGAAGGAACCAAUAUAUUCUGCAAAAUACUUCCCAUCAAUAAAUGUUUUCCUUAACUUUUGAAGAAUGAAGACUUCAGGAUGUUUAUUAAAUAAAUCAGUUUCAACAAGGAUAUUUCUAAAAUUCUUUGUGUGGAUUUAAACUAAAGAUUUUCUUUGCAAAGGCGGGGGGGGGGAGUGAUUUAGGUUAUGGCUCUGAAAACACAUCCUAAGGAUCUCUCCUCUUUUGAAUAUCCUAAAUAAAGAACAUCCCCACAUUCUUUUACACAGCCAGUCUCUCUCUAAAACAUAAACAUCUUAAAAAGUUUAUUUUCUUGAGAUAAGUCAUGUCUGUACUACAUUGAUGUCUUGCACAAGGGGGAGGUGUUCUGUUCUGUGAGAUGACACGGUUUCUAGAUUUACCACUUUCCAUUUGUAUAUGUUUGUAAUUAAAGACUCCUAUCAAAUAUUCUAUCAAAGAACAAGUUGGAAUAACUUGCUCAAAUGCCUCAAAUUUUUGUGUAUGCCCUGAAAUUAAAAUGUACACAUCAAACUGCCUUUGUAGCAGUGUCAGGCUGGCCAUAUCUCCCUUGUUUACUAUGUUUUUAAAGAUGUCACUGGUUCACAAAAAGAGAUUUCUUAGGAGUUUCCUUAAUGAGCUUGAAAUUUUCAUUUAAUUAAAUAAGUAAUCAAAAGAAAGUAUGUGAGCUAUCAUAUUCCACUAGUAUUGUAUAUGUAAAAAUAAUUUUAUCUUUGUAAAUUCAGUAAAAUCAAAUGAGAGUUUGUAAUAACCUAUAAUUAGAAGAAUAAAUUAUAAUACUAUUUUUAUCAGUAUUAACAUCUUUCUGUACAUGUUAAAUGGUGUUAAACAGUAACUUGGAAUGUCUUUCUGUAAAAUACAUUAGUCUCCCUGCUCCCCCACCGUGGCCAGACUGACCUCUAUAACUU